AUGAUCUUCGCCGCCCCUCAACAGCAGGAAACGUGUCAGGAGAUGCCGACCCACUUCUACUCUGCCCUCGUGGAUCCGACCAAAGAUUUCGACAUGGUGAACCGUGACAGACGGUGGAAAAUUAAGCAGAAACUCGUCUGUCCCGAGCGAUUCUCUCAGGUGGUGUAUCACCUCCAAGAUGGCAUGAUGACGCCAGUCACGGACAAUGGAGAUGUAUCAGAGGCAUUCACUGUGACCAACAGUGUGAAUCAGGGCUGCGUUCUCGCACCUACUCUCUUCAGUCUCAUGUUCUCUGCCAUGCUGAUGGACGCCUACCGUGACGAACGCACUGGGAUCCGUAUCGCCUACAGGACGGACGGCCACCUACUCAGUCCUAGGUUGAUGUACUGUCAAUCGCGUAUUUCUCUUCGCCGACGACUGCGCUCUCAACGCCACCUCGGAAGGUGUCAUGCAGAUCAGCAUGGACAGGGAGGGGGGUUUAUUAUAGGUCUAACGGUACUUCGUCUACCCCACCUUCAGAGACUGGGAAGCGAUUUGCACAGCUCUCCUUAUAUGGAGCACUUUGUUUGAUGCGUGGUCUGGCAAUGCCGCCUGUGUGACUGCAUUUGACCCGCAUGUCACCGUGACCUAAAUCGUCCCCGCCCUCGUCGGCCGCGAAGAUGGUUUCCGCGCGAGAGCUCGAAUUCCAUCAACACUGCCUAUUCCCCGAUUGGCUGGUGGAUGCUAACUGGGACAGAGCGAAAGGGGCACACACGCCCUGUGAGGGGGGGGGCGGGGGUAACAACCUCAACGGCGGACACCGACACAAUCAACUUGCCCGGACUGACAGCUCGCGGCGACUGCAUGCAGGGCCUUCAGUACGCACCUCCUCAGCAGUAAAGAUUGUCCAACCCUAUUCGUCUUCCAUGACUUCUGAUAAGGGAACAUUUGUCCUGUCGACCAUACCAUUGUGAACUUUCGAGUCAGCCUCCAAUCGCACCAGUGGUGACCUCCGACGUCCACCCUUCUAACAUUUAGCUUCUGACCUUCUGUGUUCUAUAUCCUAUCUCUGAUUGGACCCCUAACGAUGGGAUACACAGAUGCUGCUAUUUCUCUCCGUAGAGUCACUGUGUCCCUUCUAGAAUGUUGACAGCAAGCUUCAGAACUCUACUUUUUUCCGUAUCGCGGCCACCAUUUACUCUGUGUAGACAAUUCAGUCUAACUGAGGCUCUUCCCGCAACCCAACAUUUCCUCAGACGUUUAAACUUUCUUAUGCGACCCUCCCACUGAUGCUCCUUACACAGAGCUUCUUCGACUCACUCCACUUUCUGAUCGUCAACGCUAACAUGCUCUCGUAAAAGAAGAAGAAGAAGAAUAAGAAAAAAAAGAAGAAGAAGAAGAUGAAGGAGGAGAAGAAGAAGAAGAAGAAGAAGAAGAAGAAGAAGAAGAAGAAGAAGAAGAAGAAGAAGAAGAAGAAGAAGAAGAAGGAGAAGAAGAAGAAAAAGGUUUGGGCGACCGCAAGCCCUUUUGAACUUCUCCGCCUCAAAGCCCAUAAAGACUUGCCUAAUGAGCUGCAAUAUAUACAUGGCCGACUUGGGCUUGGAGUCUCUGCAGUUGCCGUGUUGAACAAAGUUGUACUUACUUACGUUGGAGGGCAUAAGCCAGCGCGCACAAUAAGUUCGUUCUGUCUAAUGUCAGAAGUGAAGAGGUAGUGAGAACUGGCUUAUUCUGUACACAGGGCGUAUUGCCGCGAGUUGGCUGUUUGCUUGUGGUCAGAGGAAAGCGUCCGCUCGGGUGAGCGGAAGUCGUGAUGUGAGGUUUAUUGCGUGGGCGUCAGCACAUCAUGAGGGAAUGUGUAGGUGAGUGCGAGACAUGUGAUUGGACGGAGUCGGGGGUGCAUGCUCAGAAGGGCGCGCAGGGUUAAAAAUCGCGGAGGUUGGAAGCGAGUGUGGCGGUGAGAGACUGCGUGCGCACACGUGAUCCGUUGAAGGCGAGCAAGAGGCGGCCCAGAACAGACCAGAGGGAAGACCGUGCGUCAGCGGAGUGCCUGUUGUCGCGGUCAUCGGCUGACAACGAGGCGCCGCAAAGGAGGGGAGGGGGGGCAUUGAAGCGGAUGCCACAGGAGUAUGACAAAACACGGAGUCCUCUUACGGUCGGGCAUGUGUACAUUGAUAUUACAUCCAAAUUUAAACAAUGCUACAGGUCGAGGUCUCCUGUCAUUCGGAAAAAAAUUUCACAUAUAUCCGCAUUUAUACUGUACCAGAUAGUGCAUAGAUAUUUGUGCUGGCAUUUUGCAAUCUCCUAUCGGAAUCAUUGAAGAAAGUGCAUGCUUAAGCCCAAUCGAAUUGGUGGAAACCGAGGACUGCUCGUCUGUGGCCGACUACUUCGGCAUUUCGUCAGCAGUUUCAGCAACCACGCAUCUCCUUCCCAAUUGGCCUCAGGGAUCACCACAUAGAUCACAUGUUUGGCGCCUACGAGGAGGUCCUUUCCACCGGGAUCCGCUAUCUGCUCCAGGCUCCUAUUUCCCGCUUCCCCCCCCUUGUCUCUGUCAUCACUGAUUACGACGUCUUAACAUAAAUGCUUUUCUUCCAUGGGGUUUGGUGUUGUGUGUUUUUACGAACUGGACGUGCCGCCACACACCGAAUGUUGGCAUGUGCUAUGGGUGAGCAUCGUCAAUUAGGCCUGCCAGACUCCGAUCUAGAUCCCGGUGUUUAUGCAGCGCAUCCAUUGCGUGGUUUGUUUCAGGGGCAAAUGUCGCGGAGAUAACGCUGCACGACGGUGCCGUGUGAGCGAUAGCGCGUCAGCCCCCCAGGCCAUGAGCACAUGUGUGCAAACUAUGCACGGCAGAAAUGCCAGCGAGCUGCCCGCCCCUCCCCCAGUCCACUGGCUGAAAAGGUAUGUCCGUCCACCCUCCCUCCUUGAGGUUUACUGCGAUAGGCUUUGAUCCACCGGGCUGCGGUUUUGGCACUUCCCCCGCCUGCGACUGCAGUGAUCCGGAGGUCCUGCAGCAAGAUGCCCGAGUGGGCGUGAAUUUGAUGCAUCAACAGGGUCAUCGGAGCUUAUUCUGCGUCAGUUGGUGAGAGGGCAACCAGUCAGCCAUCCGGGCAGCAUCGGAGUUAUGGGUGCUGACAUCAACCUCCUGUCAACCGACCUCUCGUCUGACGUCUCGAUUUAAUGAUCUGUACCCCCUUAAGGUCGAUAAGUACUAAAACAAAAAGCGCGAUAAAUGCACCGAGACAGUGCACCAAUUUUUAUUUAAUAUUUGAAUGUGUUGUCACAUUUGGUUUUAUUGCUCCCUAUUUUUCCCACACCGUAAACAGGUCCGUCAAGUUAUCUCAGCCACUGCACGCAGUCUCCUCAUUCCCAGACCGCCUGACUCGAGCAAGCCACCGAGGAUGAUGUCUGUCAAAGUCGGCCCCGUCUCUUAAUGUUUUCACUUUAAACGGAAAAAUGAGCUCUGCAUUGAUUAUUAGGACUGGCAAACAGUUGUUUCUUGACGUUGUGCAAACUGGCGGUGUAACACGCCCCCUUCUCUGGACCCAGGGUCAGACUGCAUGCCUCAGCCUUGAUGUGACCGUCGGAUUACUCUCGACGGGGCGAGAUCUCCCUCAUCCCCAGUGGAGUCUGGUAGGUGGUUUGCAGUUAGGGAAUUGGUAAUAUGUGUGGAAGGCGUAUAUAUGAUCUGCAGGGAUGUGAUCAGCCUGAUCAGUGAAGAGAUGAGGUUGAUUAGAAUAAUAACCGCAUACUUAGUUGCGAUCAACAUGUGCGUGAAGAAUUCAGAAAAGGCGAUGUGAGCGUAACAUCGCAGUGCAGACAACGUCAACUUCUAUGACGUGGAUACGGAUAUCUUCGGUGAGGUAGGGGGAACAUUUGUGUGGACACAAAUGGUACAGGCUUGGCGUCCGUUACUUCGGGAGGGCAUAGCUCAUCUAGAAGGUGGUGUGCAAGGACGUGCUAGAUAGCUUGUCCCUGAACUCAAAUAUUUGACGUACGAAUAGCGCCUGACAGCCUUAAACGUUUAUCGUCUCCACUAUCGACAAGACGUCGAUGAGCUCUUAUUCAAGUUCCAAUUGCUACGGUGAAUUGACGAAACUUCGACGUCAUGAUUGCCAACACGACAGGGAAAUACGCCGCAAAAAUCAACGCCAUAUGUCCUGACUGACUUGGUUUCACAACGCAUCCACUGUUAUCCCCAUGUAUACAUAGUUCUUCGUUUUAUUUGACAUUCCCUCCCCACAGUUUAUGGGGUUUAGCUUCCAACUAAUUGUGGAUUAUCAUCUACACCUGUUCUAGUCCCUGCCGGAUUUCAACUUGUCGUGUGCGUGUGUGUGUGUGACACUGAGCGGUGUAGGGGUGUCAGCGGUGGGUCCACGUGAUGGUCGUAGUAGUCGCUCACUUGCUUGCAGGUGAGACUACGCCUAGCGUCCAUUUGCUGGCACCUAGCUCUCACCUGUGGCUCCACGUAGCUGGGCUCUGCUCAGCGGCCACACCCCGGGCAACCGUCUCGACCGGCGGGCUAAACCAGGUGAGGGUAUCCGUGCGUGCACCUGCACGCGCGGUAUUGUGGUCUGCGUUGGCCGGAUGGAUCUUCGCGUCGACAUCGUGGAGACGAGGCUCUGCCUGGACCAUCGCAGGCGGCCACCAGGUAAGUUUCCCCUCAGGUAAGUGCGCUUGCUUCGUUUCUUCCUUUUGUUUGUUGAAGUUCCGCGUCGUACGCUGCGCUUGCUGCCUGCCCUUUAUAUGCUAGUCUGUCUGUUAAUAGCUAA